UGUAAUCGGUGCAGGCGGGAAGCGAAAAAAAAUUCGCCGUUUUAGCGCGCCGAUCGGCGCAAUCGUUUCUGCAAGCCGCCAGGUGAAACCCGGGCGCCACCGUCGCUGGAUAUACCCGCGUGAUGAGGCAAGGCGAUGACGUAAAACCGGUCGGAGCGGCCGAUUUAUCCCAUUUAUUAACACAAAUCCGGCGCAGAAGCGGGGUCGAACGAAUCGAGGUGAAGUGAUAACACGAGAAGUAACUAAGAUGACGGAACCCAGUCGGUUUGGUAUCGUCGAUUAUGUGGUAUUUGCGGGUAUGUUGGCCAUAUCAGCUUGCAUAGGCAUCUACUACGCGUGCAGCGGUCAGAAACAAAAAACUACCAAAGAGUUCCUCCUGGGAGACAGGAAGAUGAAAGUCUUUCCAGUCACCAUGUCUGUCUUAGCCACUUUCGUCUCUGCCAUAACUCUUCUUGGUGUGCCUGCUGAGAUGUAUAUGUACGGAACCCUCUACUCCAUGGCAGGAUUUUCUCUGAUAAUCCUGUUACCUGUUACAGCAUUCUUCUAUAUGCCAGUCUAUCACAGAUUGGGUAUCACCAGCACUUAUGAGUAUUUAGAAAUAAGGUUCAAUCGAACGGUGAGAACUUUAGGAUCCACCAUUUUCUCCAUACAUAUGAUGAUAUAUAUGGGAAUUGUAUUGUAUGCGCCGGCCCUAGCGUUAUCUCAAGUGACUGGUAUUGGAUUAUGGUUCGCUGUAUUAUCUACUGGUCUAGUCUGUACCUUCUACACUACUAUAGGAGGAAUCAAAGCUGUGGUAUGGACCGAUGUCUUUCAGAUAAGCAUGGUUUUCGUGGUCAUCAUUUCUGUUCUAGCUAAAGGUGCUACAGACGUGGGUGGAAUGAGUCAGGUGUGGUUAACUGGAGUACGCGGUCAAAGGGUAGAGUUCUUCAACUUCGAUGUCGAUGUCACUACCAGACAUACCGUAUGGAAUCUUAUUAUAGGAGCGUACACCACUUGGCUGUACGUCUUUGCCUGUAGUCAGUCCACAGUACAGAGGUACCUCGCUCUACCCACACUAAAAGCUGCACAAACGGCAAUCAUUUGGACCAUCCCAAGUGUGUGCUUCAUAUUUGGUAUAUCUGCACUAGCCGGGCUGAUCAUAUACACCAGGUACCACGACUGUGAUCCUAUGAGCACUAGACAGGUGACGGCACCUGACCAGCUCUUUCCUUUGUUCGUCAUGGAAACUUUGGGGUUCCUACCGGGUUUACCUGGUUUGUUUGUUUCUGGAAUUUUCAGCGGUGCUCUGAGUACAGUUUCUUCUGGUGUUAACUCGCUUUCGGCCGUCACUUUGGAAGAUCUGGUGAAAACAUACAUCAAACCCAACAUCACGGAAGAGUGGGCCACGAGAGUCAGCAAAAUUUUAGCUCUAGCAUAUGGUUUGCUUGCCCUUCUAUUAGUUUUCGUGGCACAACAAUUGGGCAACAUCAACCAGGCAGCCUUGUCCGUUGCGGGAAUUAUGGGAGGACCCCUGUUAGGUGUUUUCACAUUAGGGAUGUUCUUUCCGUGGGCCAACAGUUCGGGAUCCAUUGUUGGUCUCUUCACCGGAAUGGGUGUUUCUUUCUGGAUCGCCAUGGGUAAUUAUCUGCACAAACCAUUCUAUCCCAAAGCCCCCAUUUCCGUAGAUGGUUGUUUGGAUCUGUAUCAAAAAGUCACAAAUAUGACGUCACUUCCGUCUAUAAUGGAACAUCCAGGAAACCAAGAUGUAUUUCCAUUGUACAAAAUCUCGUACAUGUGGUACAGCGUCAUAGGAUGCCUCCUGUGCAUCAUAAUUGGUCUCAUCUUCAGUCUUUUAACAGGUGGAAGGAAGACAAGUCACUUAGACAGCAGAUUACUUUCGCCAUUCGCUCUGAGCCUAUUUAACAGCCUACCCUCCAGGAUCCGUCCGAAAUUCAACACAACCUUCCAGACUAAAGAGGAAGAAGCUAAAUCGUCCAUGGAACACGAGAAGAGCGUGGAUCAUCCCAACGGGAUUGCCAACAUCGCCUACGUCCCAAGUAAUGCCAACUUCGAGUUACACAAAGUGAACACCUCGCUAUAGUGUUUAAUUAACUUCUCUACAAAACCCAACAGCACACGGAUCCAAAUAAAAGCGCAGCAACCACACACACACACACACACUAGAAAGAUGUAUUCUAGUUAAACUCAUGUAUUUAAUGUAUAACAUUUUAAUUAUCUCCCUACGUUAUAAGUAUAUAUAUAUAUAUAUAUAUAUAUAUAUAUAGCUUGUAUACAAAUGUACAUUAUUUGCGUUUUUACGAAGUAAAAUAUAAUAAUACUUUUUGUGUGUUCUGGUAUUAUAUGUUACGAUUCUAACACUUGAAAAUCGCCACUAUGCGCGAUGUGGUACAACAAUGGGAGACAGAUCCGGUAUGGACAGGGGUUGAGAUUUUUCACCUCAUUUCUAGGAAAGGGACACGUGGCUCGCUGCCAAAAUUUACCUUGCUGGGU